AUGGCGGCGCCCGGGUGCCACGUGGGAACCGGGGGGGAGCGGGAGGAGGAGGAAGAGAACGGGGAAGAGAACGAGGAAGAGGAAGAGGAAGAGGAAGAGGCGCUGCGGGCCGUGUUCCCCCGCGACCCCGAGCUCUUCGCAGAGCUGUUCCCGGAGCGGCGCCGGUUCCGGCUGUGCGGGCGCGUCCUGCACAUCGCGGAGCACCACGGGCCGCGGCUCGGGCCCGCCGGGGCCGUCUGGGAGGCGCCCUGUCCCCCCGUGUGUCCCCAGGCCGAGGCCUGGCUCGAGGCCGAGUCUCGCCGCCGGGGCUGGGCCCGAGCCGCGGCCCCCGGGGCUGCCCGGGCCCGGGAGGGGCUCGUGGGGGUCCUGAGCGAGGGCUCGGCCGCCGUCAUGGUGGAGGUGAACUGCGAGACGGAUUUCGUGGCGCGGACCCCCGACUUCCAGCAGCUGGUGGAGAUGGCGGCCAGAGGGGUCCUGGGGCACUGCCAGGGGGCCUCGGGCACCAAGCUCCUGCUGCGAGAGGAUGAGCUGGCCCAGGUGCGGGCAGGGGACGGGGGGGACCUGCUGAGCGACCACCUGGCACUGGCCAUGGGCCGCCUGGGCGAGCGGCUGUCCCUGCGCCGGGCCGGGUGGCUCCGUGCCCCCGGUGGCUUCGUGGCCACCUACGCUCACGGCUGGGUGCCCCCCGGGCCCGCCGUGGCCAUGGGCACCUACGGGGCGCUGGUGGCCUGCGGGGGGCCGGGCCCGGGGCCCCCCCCGGCCGAGCUGCGGGAGUUGGGGCGCAGAGUGGCUCAGCACGUGGUGGGAAUGGCCCCCACCGCCUUGGGGACCCCCGAGGAUGAGCUGGGGGGGGACACGGAGACGCGGCUGCUGGCGCAGGGGACGCUGCUGGAGCCGGGCGUGCCCCUGGGCCGCUACCUGCGGGAGAGGGGGGGGCUGCAGGUCUGGGAUUUCCUGCGCUUCCAGUGCGGGGAGGAGCCCCCCCAGGAGCCCCCCCAAGAGGGCUCUGCCCCCCCAGGCUGAGGGAUGUGGCUCAGCCCCUGGGGGGGACACACGGAGCCUCCCCUGGGUUUGGGGGUGAGGCUGAAUAAAGGUGCAGAAAUCCA